AAGCUGCCGUCAUUUUCGUUGUCAUUUCUUUUAGCGGCGUUUUGUCUGGAAACGUGUUUUUUGCUCACACGUGUUUUAAUGAGAUUUUCGUUUAAUUUUUAACAAUUUAAAGUACAAUGGCUGAUGUUGAGGAUAAACACGUUGAAGAAGUGAAGAACGGUGACUCCGAAAAGGCAGAUAUAGAAGCUGAAAAACCAAAGGAGUCGGCCGAGGAAAUCAAGAAGGCCGCUAAGGAGGAGGUUACUGAAAAACCCGAGAAAGGUGUCUCUGAAGAACCCGAGAAAAAAGUUUCGGAAGAACCGGAGAAAAAGGCAUCGGAAGAACCAGAGAAAAAGGCCUCAGAAGAACCGGAGAAAAAAGUCUCAGAAGAACCCGAGAAAAUAGUCCCCGAAGAACCAGAGAAAAAGGUAACUGAAGAACACGAGAAAGAGGCCUCUGAAGGAGAAAAAGAAGUCGAUGCCACACUCUCUAAGAGCGAACGAGCUAUUAUACGUCAAGUUGAAUAUUAUUUCAGUGAUGCUAAUUUGCGCCGCGAUAAGUUCCUAUUAGAACAGAUCUCGAAAGACGAAGAGGGCUGGGUACCACUUUCAGUCUUAUUGACAUUUAAACGUUUGUCAUCAUUGACCACAGAUACUACAGUAAUAAUUGAUGCGCUUAUUAAAUCAGAUGAAGGAUUGCUGGAAAUCAGCGAAGACAAGGAAAAACUACGACGCCAUCCGGAACGUCCUAUUCCAGAACAUAAUGAAGAACAACGCAAAGAAAUACAAUCUCGAACUGCGUACGCCAAAGGUUUCCCACUGGAGACAACUAUGUCAGAAUUAAUAGAUUUCUUUUCUCCUUAUGAAAAAGUGCUGCACAUUACUAUGCGCAAGUACCUAGAUAAACCGACCAAAGCUUAUAAAUUCAAAGGUAGCGUUUUUGUUACCUUUGCCAAGAAGGAGCAAGCGCAGGAAUUCAUUGAAAAAGAAAAAGUUCUUUAUAAUGAACGCGAGCUUCUGCGGAACUGGCAAGAAAAGUAUUUGGAAGACAAAAAAGAAGAGACAAAAUCAAAGUCAAAGAAAGGAAAAGCUAAACCUGAAGAAGAGAAGUUGCAGCUGCCUAAAGGAACUGUUGUGUUCUUUGAAAACGGUACCAAUACUGUCACUCGUGAAUUACUGCGUGAAGCAAUUGAAAAAGUUUCAGGGGAUUUAGAAAUUGCUUACAUUGAUUAUAGUAAAGGCGAUAAGAUUGGACAUAUUCGUUUUGUGGAAGAGAACAACGGCGGAGAGUUUCUUGAGAAAUUGGAGGGAAAUAAGUUAAAACUGAAUGAUGGCGUCGAACUCGAAUUGCGUACACUAUCGGAAGAGGAGGAGAAGACUUACUUAGCCAAGGCUGUUGAACAAAUGAAGAGUCGACGAAAUCAUCAUAAUAAAAGUAAGGGCGGUCACGGACACCGUAAACGUCGUGGUGGUCACGACAAUCGUAAUGACGAAAAGAAAAAGAAGACAGUAUCUGAUUAAACGUCUGCUAGAUGUAUGACCCACAUAGUCAUGUAAAACAAAUCUAUAUGCAUAAUUAUAUGUAAAAAUUAAGCAUAGGUGUAAUGUAAUGUCAUUUAUGAGCCGUAAAAAAGUUUAUUUUCAAAGUUCAUCUUAACACUUAAUUUUUUUUUCAUAAAUUGAGAUUGAAAAUCGUACGUUUUUCCACACUUAUUUGUGUGUACUGUCGAUGCCGAUAUAAAUCGAUUGUAUGUUCGAAAAACCGAAACUAUUUGUAAAUUGAAUUUUGAUAAAUUUAUGUAACUCAACAUCUUAAUUUU